AAUUGUUAAACCGCGCUGAUCAGUUUGUAUUUUGUGAUUGGUAUAUUCCUCGUUCUGUGGGAGACAGACCCGUUCAGACACUGAGGGAGAGCAGAGAGGAGAUUUGGAGUGGCUGGUAACGGCUCUCACCUGAAGAGCAGAAAGGACACAUUCACUGAGGAGACGGUCAGAGCGAGUGACUAGAGUACUAGAGCCGUGCUGCACAUCACACUGACAAUACCUGAAGACUGCCUUAUCCUGGUGAAAGCCAAGGAACAAAGAUGGAGUUGGUGCCUAUCUGCAUUAAACAGGAGAUGCCUGAACUGGAGCCUGUCCACAUUAAAGAAGAGACUGAACUGGAGCCUGUCCACAUGAAAGAAGAGACUGAACUGGAGCCUGUCCACAUUAAAGAAGAGACUGAACUGGAGCCUGUCCACAUUAAAGAGGAGACUGAACUGGAGCCUGUCCACAUGAAAGAAGAGACUGAACUGGAGCCUGUCCACAUUAAAGAAGAGACUGAACUGGAGCCUGUCCACAUUAAAGAAGAGACUGAACUGGAGCCUGUCCAUAUUAAAGAACAGGAAACUGAACUGGAGCCUGUCCACAUUAAAGAAGAAGAGACUGAACUGGAGCCUGUCCACAUUAAAGAAGAGACUGAACUGGAGCCUGUCCACAUUAAAGAAGAAGAGACUGAACUGGAGCCUGUCCACAUUAAAGAAGAGGAGACUGAACUGGAGCCUGUCCACAUUAAAGAAGAGACUGAACUGGAGCCUGUCCACAUUAAAGAAGAAGAGACUGAACUGGAGCCUGUCCACAUUAAAGAAGAGGAGACUGAACUGGAGCCUGUCCACAUUAAAGAAGAGACUGAACUGGAGCCUGUCCACAUUAAAGAAGAGACUGAACUGGAGCCUGUCCACAUUGAAGGGGAAUCUGUUGACUUGUUUAAGGAUACAGAAAAUAUAUCCCGGCCAAAGAUAUUACAUCAGUGUAAUAAAUGUGGGCAAAGCUUCAGCAAGCCAGGAAGCCUAAAAACACACCAGCAGAGUCACACUGGAGAGAAGCCGCACCACUGUACUGAAUGUGGAAAAAGCUUCCGUGAGUUAGCAGUCCUAAAAAGACACCAGCGACUUCACACUGGAGAAAAGCCAUAUCAAUGUACUGAAUGUGGGAAGUGCUUCAAUGCGUCAGGAAGCCUAAAAAGACACCAGCGACUUCACACUGGAGAGAAGCCAUAUCACUGUUUUGAAUGUGGGAAAAGCUUCACUGAGAAAGGAAAACUAAACAAACACCAGCGAAUUCACACUGGAGAGAAGCCGUAUCAAUGUACUGAAUGUGGGAAGAGCUUUAAUGCGUCAGGAAACCUAAACAAACACCAGCGAAUUCACACUGGAGAGAAGCCGUAUCAAUGUACUGAAUGUGGGAAGAGCUUUAAUGCGUCAGGAAACCUAAAAACACACCAGCGACUUCACACUAGAGAGAAGCCAUAUCAAUGUACUGAAUGCGGGGAAAGCUUCACUAACAAAGGAAAACUAAAAAAACACCAGCGAAUUCACACUGGAGAGAAGCCGUAUCACUGUGUUGAAUGUGGAGAGAGCUUCAGUGAGUCAGGAAACCUAAAUAAACACCAACGCAUUCACACUGGAGAGAAGCCGUAUCAAUGUACUAAAUGUGGAAAGAGCUUCACUGACAAAGGAAAAUUAAAAACACACCAGCGAAUUCACACUGGAGAGAAGCCGUAUCACUGUGUUGAAUGUGGGGAGAGCUUUAGGCAGUCAGGAACACUAAAAAUACACCAGCGCAUUCACACUGGAGAGAAGCCGUAUCAUUGUGUUGAAUGUGGGGAGAGCUUUAGGCAGUCAGGAAGCCUAAAAACACACCAGCGAAUUCACACUGGAUCCAGCCUCCCUCCCUCCCAGUCCCUCACCUCUCCACCCUGCUUGUUUGAGUGUGUGGAGAGCUGUCUGAUUCCUUGUCUCUCUCUCACCCUGCAGUAAAGGGGGGUCCCCAGGAGUGAGAGCCAGCCUGAAUCCAGAGACACUGAGAAGGGGAGCAUGUCAAACUGAAGGAGACAGACCCAUUCUUUCAGAAUGAACUGCAUUGGAAAUGAAUCUCACUCAUCAUGCUGUGAGAAUUUAUGUCAAGCUUGUUUCUGUGAACACAUUAAACAAAGAUGCCAAAAACACAUCGUAUUUUUAAAAUACCAUUACUGUACCAGUGUCGGUGAGAACAGAAGUGAAUUAUUUAAAAGAAACUAAAACUAAGAAUCUCUUCCUGGGUGUGGCAGCAGUGUGCCCUUCAUAUUACUAGAAUGGCCUCUAAGCUCUUGCACCAGUGCAAGCUGAAACAACCUUUAUUUUAUUUCACCUGGUGCAAACUUUGCACUGGAGCAAAUGCUGUUUUACAUUUUUACCACUUUUUUAAAACUUUUAAAUUGCAUUCCCUGCCUCAAGAUGGCUUCACAUGUACCUGCAUGGACCUCUCAGAACUACAUUUCCCAUCAUCC